GUGUGUUUCGAACUAACUCCUCGGGUUAGGUCAGAAGGGGGCCGAUAUAUAAAGCAGUCAAACUUUUAGAGGUACCAUUCCAUCCUGACAUUUAAUUGAUACGGACUUUCUGCCUCGGUACUGAUUAUUUAUUUCUGCUCCUGCGAUCUUUUUACCUCGAGGGAAGUGUGUUUUAAUACUCGCCUUCAAUAUGAAAACUGUACUAGCUAUCGUCUGUUUCUUUGCUUCCCUUGCCCUCCUGGAAGCCCAGUCGUUCGGCGGCUCGUCGGGCGAGCAGUCAUCCGUCGGUAUGAUGGGCGGCAACGGCCUCGGUGGCGGAGGACAGAUGAACGGCAACAACUACGACAACGACAACGAGUUGGAGACAAACGAACUGGACAACGAGUUUGAAAGUAACGCCGGCAUGCCCAACCUCUUCGGAAACGGAGCCAGCAACCUUUCCGACAGGACGUCCGGUGGUCAAAAGGCCGGCAUCGUCAUCGGAACCAUAAUCAUUGUCGCGUUAGUAGCAGGCGGUGUAUUCUACUUCAUCAAAAGGCGCUGAUAAUGGUGUCGAUGAUGACGAAUCGAACUCGUGUCCUCUUAGUAUCCCGAAAGCAGAGAUGCUCCUGAUUUUAUUUUUACUAACAAAUACGGCUCCAUCUCGUCUCCAUGGAAACAAUUAGCUGGACUAGUUGACGAUGAGUUAGACCCAUUGAUGUCUUUACUACAACCAGAGUUUGAUAAUUGCAGCCUAUAGUUUGAUAAUGCCGAGAGUUUGAAACUAUUCUUAAACUUCCACUCAGAAAAAUAUCAAGCAACGAUUUUUCUGUUAUCUGACCGUAUAGUGCGCAUCGUGUGGUAGACUGCAAAGGGCCCACUACAAUAAGAGCAUAGACAUGAUAAACGUGCCAAACUGGAAGGAUUUGUUUCAAAAUUUGAAAUCAAAAUUCGAUACACAAUAUCUCUAAACACCUGCUAAAUGUCAUGACAAAUCUGGAUAGGUACUAGCUUCGUUUUUCAUGAAUCGCUAAAUUUUUGUACUGGUCAUGUUUGAAUAUUUGAGCGCCAUUUAAUGAUACCCAUUUCUAAUAAGAAACGUGUGCUGCAGUAUCGUUUUCAUUAAACUAGUGCAAUAAUACUUGAUAUUUUUAUUUAUUUGCCAUUUUCAUUUAUAUUCAUUGCAUAUUAAGUAACGAAGUUAUAACUUGAAUAACUUAUUUUCCAAAAAAGUCCAACUAUUUCAAGCUCGGAAUGGUCAAAUGCAUAACAGUGUUUGUAUUUUUAUUUUGUUUUAUUUGUUUGUUUGUUGUUGUUUUUUCAGGAUGUGUUUUUGAAAAGUGCGAUCAUUUUCUCCCUCCAUUAUAAUGUAUGAUUAUCAAUCGUCUGUAUAUUAGUAUUUUGGGUAUUUACUGUAAAUAUAGUAGUAAACAUAGCACAUAACUAUCAUUUUAAGGAUCUUAAUGCUAAUCUCAAAAAUUGUAUGUAUCAAGUUGAAUCCUUAUAAUUUUCAUAUUUUAUUUUAUUAUAUAAUGUCUACGAUGAACAGUAAUGUUACAUUAAUAUAUAGAAAAUUGAUGAAAAGACGUUAUGUUGGCUUUGCCAUUAGUUUCUUUUUUUUUGUGCUGCUAUAAGAGAUGAUUGUUGUUUCUGAUUUUACUCUAACUUAAAAUAUUUAAUUUAUAGUUUGCACACGAAAAUUUGUUCCUAUUUGAAUGAGAUUUUGUUUUUGUAUCAGUGGUCGAUAUUUGUCAUCAAUGGUAUUUGUCUUUAUUAUGUUAUUUUUCAUUAAACGUAAAGAAAAUAUUCA